GAACCGCUGAUUAGAAGCAACAGUUGUUUUUCGACUCUUCGCCAGCAAUUACGGCUAAUUACGUGCUUUAUAUCACACCCACAGCAUCUUUCCCCAUACUACAUAAUCCACCGAGAUGGCCAGCAACUACGAGGGCUACAAGUCGCCUCUGAGCACCCGGUACGCCAGCAAGGAGAUGCAGUUCCUGUUCAGCGACCAGAACAAGUUCUCCACCUGGCGCCGGUUGUGGGUGUGGCUGGCGAGGGCGGAGAGCAGGCUGGGACUGGAGAUCAGCGACUCCCAGAUCGCCGAGAUGGAGUCCCAGAUCAGCAACAUCGACUUCGAGGCGGCGGCAGCCGAGGAGCGCCUAACCCGCCACGACGUAAUGGCCCAUGUCCACGUUUUCGCCAAGCAAUGCCCAUCCGCCGCCCCGGUCAUCCAUUUGGGAGCCACCUCGUGCUAUGUGGGCGACAACACGGAUCUGAUUGUUCUCCGGGAUUCGCUGAAACUGCUUCUACCUCGGGUGGCCAGCGUGAUUGCCCAACUCAGCCAGUUUGCCCAGAGCUACAAGGAUCAGCCCACGCUGGGAUUCACCCAUCUGCAGCCCGCCCAGCUGACCACGGUGGGCAAGCGAGCCUGCCUGUGGAUUCAGGAUCUAAUAAUGGACGAGCGAGCCCUGAACCGCUGCCUGGAGGAUCUGCGCUUCCGCGGGGUUAAGGGAACCACUGGCACCCAGGCCUCGUUCCUGCAACUCUUUAAUGGCGAUGGAGAGAAGGUGAAGCAGCUGGAUCAGUUGGUCACCGAGCUGGCUGGCUUCAAGAAGGCCUAUGCGGUUACCGGACAAACCUACUCCAGGAAGGUUGAUGUGGAGAUUGUGGGCGCUCUUUCCAGCCUGGGCACCACCAUCCACAAGAUGUGCUCCGAUCUGCGCAUCCUGGCCUCUCGCAAGGAACUGGAGGAGCCCUUCGAGAGCACCCAGAUUGGCUCUUCGGCCAUGCCCUACAAGAGGAAUCCCAUGCGCUCCGAACGCUGUUGCGCGUUGGCCCGACACCUCAUCACCUUGUUCAGCAGUGCCGCCAAUACCCAUGCCACUCAGUGGCUGGAGCGCACCCUGGAUGACUCGGCCAACCGACGGUUGACCCUUUCCGAGGCCUUCCUGGCUGCCGAUGCCGCUCUGCUCACUCUGCUGAAUAUCUCGCAGGGAUUGGUCGUCUACCCGAAAGUGAUUGAGCGGCAUAUCGCCCAAGAGCUGCCCUUCAUGUCCACGGAGAACAUCAUCAUGGCCAUGGUGAAGGCGGGCGGAGAUCGGCAGGUGUGCCACGAGAAGAUUCGCGUGCUGUCCCAGGAGGCCGGCGCCCAGGUGAAGCAGCACGGCAAGGACAACGAUCUGGUGGAGCGAGUGCGAAAGGACCCGUACUUUUCGCCCAUCCUGGAGCAGCUGGACACGAUUCUGGAUGCCAAGACCUUCACUGGCCGAGCCAGCGACCAGGUGGGCGAGUUCGUCAAGGAGGAGGUGGAACCCGUGCUGGCACGCUACUCUGAUGCCCUGAAGAACGUCCAGGACGUGAAGCUUAACAUCUAG